CUCCGUUAUUUUCACGCGAGUGUCCGCAUGCGGCGAGUCACCUUGGAUUCGCAACCUCGCUGAAUCGCGCCGGCUCGAGUCUGUUCGGGGUGCGCCGGGAUAAACAAAAAGGAAAUGGCAGAUGAGCCAUUCCAGGUGUAUGUAAACAUCGCAACCGACACCUAAAAGAUAUUACCCCCUCCCCCACCCAAAAACGACCGCAGCAUCGGGAUUCAUGGAGUCGCUCGAAACCGCCGCAAGCUCUCCGGAAAGUCGGGAAAGAGACGCCGCACCCCAAAAAUGCGCACCUGAGGCAGCCAAGAUAAGCAGAAGUUCAUCGGUGGAAAUGGAGGGCAAAGGGUGGCACCAGAACCUGCACGAGGGCCUGGCCAGAGAGACGUGCGGUCCUAAAAAGGCACCCAACUCAGGGAAGUCACUGACCUAUGAAGAUUUGACAUCCCAAAACCAAGACACCGAAGCAUCGUCGUUUUCACUGCUGGCCGCCAAAACCGCUGGGAGACUGAGGAAGUCCCCCAGUUCACCUGAACAACAGAGUUGCUAUUCAGGGACGGAGCCGCACUCCGACGCCGGCGGUAAGUCCGAGCCCAAACCGCAGAAGACUGGCAAGUACGUUUGCGAUUACUGCGGAAGGGCGUGCGCCAAACCCAGCGUGCUCAAGAAACACAUCCGCUCGCACACCGGGGAGCGGCCUUACCCGUGCGUCCCCUGCGGGUUCUCCUUCAAAACCAAGAGCAAUUUGUACAAACACAGAAAGUCCCACGCUCACUCGGUCAAAGCCGGAACGUCGCCGUUCCCUCACAACGUCAACGUGGACCAGGGGUCCUUCGAGGGCGAAGGGGAGUUAUUCUCCGACGCCGAGCAGAGCACGGACACGGACGAGGAUGCGUUCGGUGACCCGCUGCUGCUGCUGGACUCUCCGGCGGAGGCGUCGGAUCACACCGCCGUCAAAGUGCUCAACCUCAUUUCUCACAAAAAGGCAGCCGCGAUGUCAAUGUCGGCUCAGGACAGCUCAUCCCACCCCCCGGAAAUCAAUGCCCCUCCUGCCGCAGCUGCCGAAGCUAACUGUGCAAUUCAAUCUUGCACGAUUAAACAAAGGCUCGCGCUUCGGCUGUCGGAAAAGAGGAGCAGCGACUCGGAACACAAUCUGUCCCUUCCAAGUCAAUCGAGCAAAGGCAGCACGGAUUCCGGCUACUUCUCCCGGUCUGAAAGUGCCGAGCACCAGACCAGCCCACCAAAUGCUAACGCCAAAACCUACCAGGAAAUUAUGUUUGGGAAGUGUUACAGGCCCAGCCCCAAGCAGACCGCACCGUACGCGGGCUGCACCGGAGACUCCGGGGAUGUGGCGAGAUACUCAGAGAAAGCGGUUUCCCGCGUUUUCACCCAAGAAAAGGACACAGUCGAAUCAAUCAGAAUUAAUACAAAGUCCUUCACGAGGGAAGAGGUGAAAGAGGCGCAAUUCGACAGCGCCUCCGACACGGGAACCCUCCUCAGGAGCAACUCCAUGCCCACAUCGUCGGCCGUUAGCCUUACCAUGCCCCAGGCUCUCCGGGGCAGCCACUCGUUCGAUGAGAGAACCGGCAACGCGGGCAUGAGGAGACUCCGGCGGCAAGCUGCUUUUGAGCUGCCAUCCCACGAGGGCCACGUGGAAAGCGACGGCCACGGGAAAGCAAGCGAGAUGUCACCCGCCGCACCGGAGAUGGACAAUUACCCGCCGAGCGUAAACCUGCACAGGCACGCUAUGGAGCUGGCGACGCGGAAGCGUCGGAAAGAAAAGCGUGAAGAGGAGGAUUUGCCGCAUCAGUAUGAGGUUCAUCACGAACAGUGUGAAGAAAUGUUUGACUCGGGAAAGGAUUUUGAGCCGAAGCUAGUCAGUCACGGUGCGGUCGGCGUCGCGAAAGGACGUUUGGGUACGCAGCUGGACAGGAGCGACAUGGACAAAUCAGUCGGCCCUGAAAUGUGUACCCGAAAAAAAUUAGGAAACGUCAUUUCCGUUAUCCAGCACACAAACUUCAUCAACAGGCCCCACGCCGAGCAGUCAGAUUCUUACAAAAGUGUCAGGCGACGGCAGGACGCUUUCUCCUCAUUUCAGCCCAUGGAGGAGUCGUUCGAGGGGGACGGGGGUGAUGGCACGCUGAGGCAGUCCUUUCAGUUGGGCGCCAAACUGGUGCGGCAGCCCAACAUCCAAGUACCGGAAAUCAGGGUCACUGUGGAGCCCGACAGUCCAGAAAAAGCUCCGGAUGUGCCGGCGAAGGAGCCGGAGAAGCACGUGGAAGAGUUUCAGUGGCCGCAACGGAGUGAAACUCUAGCCCAGUUCCCUCCCGAAAAACUCCCCCCGAAGAAGAAAAGGUUGCGGCUGGCCGACAUCGAGCACUCCUCGGGGGACUCCAGUUUCGAGUCGGCCUGCACCAGCCUCUCACGCAGCCCCAGUCAGGACAGCAAUUUAUCUUACAGCUCUGCGUUCUCCUUUGACAGGGAGGAGAGCCUGAAGCCAGUUUCCCCGGCCAGGCAGGAUGAAUUUGGCAAGCCCCUCGAGCUCUUAGCUGUGCCGGGAAGCGGCCACUCGCUCUCCGUCCUCCAUCAGCGUCAGCAGCAUGAAAUGAGACGCUCUUCCUCGGAGCAGGCGCCUUGCAACUUGCGCAAGGAGUUCCCAGAGGUACGGAGUGUGUCAUUUGACUAUGGAAGCCUCUCUCCAACAUCCAAAGUUAGACCUGGGGACCAGGCAAAGGAGGGACGGCGGGGGAACUUGGUGCGCCAGGAGUCCCUGAGCAUGGACACCGAAGUCUCCCAUGUGCAAAUGUUUUGCAGCGGUGCCACCUCUUCGUCACUGCCCAUCUUUUCCACAGGGAACGCACUCCCUCAGCCGCCGCAUCCCGGCUUGCUAGUCCCCGUAAGAAUCCAGACUCUCGUGCCGAGCUAUGGCAGCCUCACAUACACGUCGGUGUCACAAAUCUUUGACAAUCACUAUGACAGAGUUAGCCCCGCGUUAGUCGCCUCUCAGAAGCGACCCGCCAAGCACACGCUCUCUGUCGAAGCCCUGGACCUGUCCUCGGCCAAACUCAAGACUGGUAUCCCCCUGUCCCUCACCUCCCGGACCAUCUCCACCACCAACGCGUCCAGCGGCGGCGCAAACAAACGCAUGCUCUCGCCUGCCAGCAGCCUAGACCUCUUCAUGGAGGUCAAGCAGCAAAAGCGCGUGAAGGAGGAAAGGAUGUUCGGGCAAAUUGUAGCAGAGCUCAGCGCUGUGGAGUUGGGAAAGUGCCACCUGGAGGAUGAUUCACACAGGAGCAAGUUUAUCACGCUUCAAAAACUGACCGGCGACCGCAGCAUGGAGUCGCCUAUGGAGAGCAGCUUCUUGGAUACCAGCUCGCCCCCGUAUCUGAAAGAACCUGGCACGGACAAAGCGGCGCAGAUGGACACGGGGGCACAGCCGCUUUGCGCCCGAGACAUCUCGCUCUCAGAAGCCGAGCAUCGGAAGACGCCGUCUGCCUUUCCGAGUCUUCGUACGGCGACGGGGGUGAGCUGGUGCUAUCUCAGCUACACCAAGCCGAGCUGCUCACACCACUUCGAAGGGGGUGGCGGAGCUGCCUUCUCCUCCGUCUACGCCACCUGGCACGUCAGUUCCCGCAAUCCCAAUCUGCCGGAGUUGAGCACCAGCGUCGCACUGGCCCUGCUUCACUCCAGGCAGAAGGCGGGCAAGUCGAUCUACUCGAUGGCUGCCAUGUGCCAGCCCGGAAAUGGGAAACUGGUUUCGUCCCUGGUCCUGUGGCGGCAGACGUUUGAACAGCUGCAGAAGAAAGCGGAGCCCAAAGAGGUUGAGGCCAACCCGAGCAAGAAGGCCAAAGACGCCGGCUUCAGACUGAAGGCUGCCAAGGAAGAGUGGAAGGAGAGGGAGGCGUCAAAUACCCAAACGGCUCCGACGCGGAUCAAGAUCUUCGAGGGCGGGUACAAAUCCAACGAAGACUACGUGUACGUCCGCGGUCGCGGCCGCGGGAAGUACAUUUGCGAGGAAUGCGGCAUCCGCUGCAAGAAGCCCAGCAUGCUGAAGAAACACAUCCGAACCCAUACGGACGUCAGGCCCUACAUCUGCAAGGUCUGCAACUUUGCAUUCAAAACGAAAGGGAACCUGACCAAGCACAUGAAGUCAAAGGCGCACAUGAAGAAGUGUCUGGAGCUCGGCGUCUCAGUGACGAUGGAUGAGACAGAAAUACAGGAACACGACGAGACGCCCCAAGAAUCCAAGGCGGAGGCGGCGGUCUCGGCCAAACAUCAGUUCUCCGACGCCGAAUACUCGGACGGGAUGGACGAAGACGCGGACGACGUCGACGAAGACGAGGACGAGGACGACGACUACGAGGGCGACUCCACCCCCAAGCUGCGCUCCAGGAGCACCAGUCCGCAACCGGGCGGAGGCGUCACGUCGCUGCCGGUCACCGUCACCGUCUCCGGGAGGUGGCCAGGCUCGGACCAGAGAGACAAGACCAUGGAGGAUGACUCACUGAGCAUUCUGUCUCCGGAUCAGGCCGGCUUCCUCUUCGACCCUUAUUCUUCAUGCCUCCUGUCGCCAGGCUGGGAGUCCCCCAUCCGGGAACCGUCCCCCUCCCGCCUGCGAUACCCGUCCCCGAGGAGGGAGCUGUCCCCGCGGGGUCGCUGCUCUCCCAGAUGGGACGCCUCCCCGCUGAGGCCCGGUUCGCCCGGUUUCUCGCACCUGUCUCCUCCUGUCGCGCCGGAGCGAACCACGUCUCCCGGGGCGGAGAUGGCCGGGAAGCGGGACUCGGCGAUGCGGGGCAGGCAGCGGGUCGUCCUGAGGGCUGUGUCGCCGCGCCGGGGAGGGUCUCACCAGCAGCGAGGCGGCGGCGACAAGUGCAGACAGCACCCCAAGAUGGACACGGCUCAGCAACAAGGAGCCUUUGAGAUGGAACUGGAGCAUCGGAGCAUCACCAGCCUUCCCGCCGCCGUCGGUGGUCCCCACCAGAACCUCCUGAGCCACCUCCCUCUCCACUCGCAACAGCCGGCCUUUACCCUGCUUCCCGUCGUUCCCGUCGGAGGAUCCCUCCGGGCGCUGCCGCCUUCCCCGGCCUCCUCCGACGUUCCGCCGAGCCCCCCGGGCGAGGAGGGAGCGACCCACGCGGCCCCCGACAUGGCCGAGGAGGACCAGGGAAGUCUGGAUUCGGGCGUCAGGGACGGCGGGCAGGAGGAGAACGUCCAAACAUGCUUGAAAGCCAUCGCCUCGCUCAAGAUCAACACGGAAGACCCACAUUAGAGACCUUGGGCCGCCACCCACUCGUCGGGGUCCCGACUUUGGCAAUAUGACGACGAAACUUCUUCACGGCAAGAAAUCCUGCUCUUCUCUUUGGACUGGCUCACUCAAGACCAACAUGGAGGGACCCUCAUUGGACAAGAGCCCCCCCAGCUGGGGACCUCGGGGCGCCACCCACUUGUUUGGUUCCCAAGACUUGGCUUCUUGGCUUCUUUGGACUGGACGAGCAAAGGGAAAUCCGAUUAUUAACUGUUCUAUAUCAUCACUGGGUGCAGGUGCAAUAUGAAGAGAUCUUCUGUACGACGCUAAUAUGCCUUUUGUUUGACAUAGCAGUUUGCAUAC